CCCCUGUAACUGCGUAAACUAACAGAUCCAUACUUUUUAAAAUUAUGUUUCAGAACCCCAAAGAUUGUGAUGUGUUGUUGAUUUAUAUCUCCUCUAACUACCUGCAUCAGAAAAGGCACUGAAAUAGUUGUGAGCCACGAGAAAAUCAUUCAUUAAAACAAGCAAUUUUCCAUACUGAACCCUAUUCCAGCUCGCUUUUUGCAAUAAAAAAUUUGCCCCACUCAGCAGUACGCAGCAUGACCCAAGUUAGACAUCUAGCGCCUUUUGCGCUUCUAUCAGCUGUGCUUUUUCAUACCGAGGCCGUGGAUUGUUGUAUUGAACUGAAUUGAAGGAGUUUAACGCUAGAGCCGGACGGAGAAGAAAUAGUGUCCUUUUUUUUAACUAUUGUUUCCCUUAGCUCUUGUAUAUGACAUCGAAAAAAAACACACGUGAGUGGAAACAGAACUAAGAUGUUUAUCCCUGCUGCUGGUAAAGACACGAGUAGCUUUUUAUGGCAAGAUUUCGUGCUUGUACUCCCUGCUAUUUCUAUUGGUGGUGUUGGACAACUUGCAAUUGAUCUGCUUCUGUACAACAUUCCAGACACUGAAAGAGUCGGGUAUUUUCAUGAAAACUGUUUUGUACCAGUAGUUGGACCAGACCCAUUUGAAACAGAAAAAAGGCCAGCUCGGACCAUUUGUACAAGUUGUGAAGUCUUUCAAAGUCAGUCAAAGAAGUUAGUAAUCAUACAACAAAGAUCACCAUUUAUAAAGGGUAGAAUUCCUGCCUUCAGAAGACAGUUAGUGCAAUGGAUAGAAAAAUUCAAUUUCAAACACACUAUCAUUGUUGGAAGCUGCAGCUCCCAUAUCCAAGAUGAUGUGGAUUUGACAGUGCCUACCCAGCAAAUUAUGUUUCUGGCCUCAAAUAAAGACAAUUUAUUAGAAGAAGUGCUUAUAGAGAAACUAAGUUGGACAGUAUUUAGCCACAAAAAGCCAUCACUGGGGGCUGAAGAUCUUAAGAGUGAGAUAUUCAUUCCUGGAGGCGGUAUUGUCAAAACACUGUAUGAAGACUGUUGCAAAAAUGGUCUUUCUUCAAUUGCCUUACUGGUGUUCAGUAGCGAUGGUAAUGCAACAACUGAUGCUGUUACUGUUGUCAAUGGUUUUGAUAGAUUAUUGCCAUUUAUAUCAUCUAAAGAGUCUUUUUCUCCAGGUUCAUGGAAAUUUCCUGAUUCUUGGAGCAGGUUGCAGAAUCUAACUGCUAUUCCCAAGAUAUAUUGACAGUGCUUCUACCAGUGGCAUAAACCCUGACACCACUUGUUAUUUAAUGACGUCAUGUACAUUUAAAACAUAGUUUGUCGUCAAGGAUGAAGAUGCAAAUGCAAACCAAAUAGUUUCAUUGUUGGCUGUGACAAAGUGUUUUCAAAUAUCUAACGUUUCUACAUUAUUGAUAGCGUACCGCUUGCACAACCUAAUUCUUUCAUCACAACAGUUUUGCAUUUUCCUUACUGUUCUUGAUGCCUAACAUGCUGAUAACAUCUAAUCCCUGUCUUAA